GCUCAUCCUGAAAGGAGACGCCAGUUAAAUAUGUCUGAGCACUCGUGCCCGAUCGCAGACUUUGGCUGGCUUAUUCUCAGUCUCUCUGUGACUUGCCAGAACUAUGGCAUGACACUCUAAAACCAGUAUUUCUAAACUCAGUUAACAUGGAUCUGUCGCAACUUCUCUCUGUAAGAGGAGCGAUAUUUGCUGCUAUGUUUAUUCAAGGGUCCUGUCUUUUGUUUUCACAAAGAAACGUAAACAUCAUUAUACCAAUCUUCUAUCCGCCUGGUGUGUCAUUCUACAAGCUGUUUGGUAUACCUACGGACAACAUCAGCCCUUCUGGUGGACGUGCAGUAAACUAUCAAAUCACAAGUGUAUUUCUACAAGAAAAAGAUGGCUCUCAACACCAAAGGAAAGAUCUAUUCAAGUUCAACCCUUCUACAGGACACUUAGCACUUGCGAAGCCUUUGGAGCCCAAAGGACAGUAUAUUGGAACAAACUUUACCAUAAGACUCCAGGCAUCUAAAGGAAAUAUAUAUAGCAGCUCUUCCUAUGUGUUCAGCGGCAGCAUAACCAACGCUAAUGGUCUGUGUCGGCCUAGUUUUCAGUUUUGUUUUUCGACUUCCAUUGCUGAGUAUGACAUUCCAGAAUCUUUCGAUCCCGACAUUAUCUUCGACCAACUCCGCCCUCAAACAAUAACCCAUGUGUGUCCCUCUUACGAAGCGCAAUACACGGUGAACAAGGGAAACAGCGUUGUUGCCGUGGACUCGACCAAUGGAUCAUUGUCACUUUCGUCCUAUUUAGAUGCUGAUCAACAUGAAGCGAUUCAAGAGUUUGAGAUUCAGUGCACAGUCCGAAGUAAGAAUGGAGUGCGCCCAUCAGAACCUUUCAUUUUGAAGGGGAAAAUCAACGUCUUAGAUGUGAAUGACAAUGCCCCCUAUAAGCCCAAAAAUGUCCAUUCAGUGAUUGAUAUAGAUGUAAAUGACAUCGAGGAGGAGGGAUCAUAUAUUCCGUUCCAGUUUAACGUUUUCGAUAAGGAUUCUGCUGCCGUCAACAAUGUCAAUGCCCGGAUAGAAAACGACCCUUUAGGAUUCUUUAAAGUUAGAAUCACCGAGGUGUAUGACAGAGCUGUAAAAAAAGAAACGUUCUUAGUCAUAAGGGUGAAAACUGUUAAGUCGUUAGCUUUUCCUGGGCCAGAUUACAAUAUAUCUGUAAUAAUAGAAGAUCGAAGUGUUUGGAAGAAGAAAGACAACAAGGUAAUAUAUCAUGUUCAUAUUUUCAACAAAACUUCAGAAACAGCGGCUAUUUAUCCAGUGACGAUCUCUAGACUGGCGACCGUUUUCUCCAGGGUACUACAACCAGUACCAGUCAAAAUCACUGACCACUGGGCGUUUGAGCUAACUUCUGAAAAAGAUAUUUUCAAAGUGACACCAAAAUCAGGAAUUAUUUACGUAGCAGACACCGAACGCUUAAAAAUCGUGGAGGGUGGAGAAAUGCCAUUAAACCUAUCCUGGACUGUUAAAAAUAAGAAAGAAAAGAACACUGUGCAAGUUGUAGUUAAUAUUACAGAUGAUGAUCAUAACUUCUUCUCUGAAAAAUGCGACUCUUGUGCAAUAAAUGAUGGCAAGGACACGUGUCUCGCUUCUUGUGGAAUAGGAACCACUAGGAGUCACUGUUCAUGGCGAGAAAAUCAAUACAAAACCUCUCCAACAACCAAAUACGCUACUUGUAGUCCAGACUUAAUGACUUGUCCUGAUGGAGUUUGUGAUGAAUUAGAAAAACUCGACGAUCAUAUUUGUCCUCAAGACUGUUGUGAAAAAAUCGAAGGUGGUUCAGUUGCCUUCCCGAACAAUGACAGCAAACGUGGAAUUGAGAUGGCAGUUGGCACCUGCACUUGUAUUGCCAUCAAAAUCUGUAAAUGUGAAGAGCCGCCAAGCUACGAUAUUGUAACCAACAGAAGUAAUGUUUUAGAAGCAGAUGGUGGUCUGUUAAACAAAAGGAUAACUCCAAAACUAUUAACAGAGGACGUGGAUGAUGUCGCCACAGAUGCAGGAAAAGAAAAUAGUGAUUAUUUUGUUUCUGGUAUUAUCAACACCACAACAUGUGGGGAGGAAUGUGUCACCCUGAUCUUGUUAGCCCUCUGCAGCGCUGUGGUUGUGUGCGUUCUUUUCAUCCUCAUUUCAGGCAUAAAAAAAUACAGGAAUAAGGCCAAAAACAAAUAUGUUGAAAGCCGAAUGUCCCUCUCUGUGGUACCUUCUGACUAUGUAGAUGAUCGCUCUUCUUCUAUGCACGACCCACAUCAAGUCGCCAAUGAAACCUCUACUGGGUCCGAGAGCAAAUCUUUGGGCGACGCCCAGUGGGAGUUUCCACGGGAUAAAUUAAUUAUAGAAGAGACAUUAGGGGAGGGAGAGUUUGGACGAGUGAUGCGAGCCCAAGCCUGGAACAUUAACGGUCAGAACGGAUACAGCACAGUCGCAGUGAAGAUGUUGAAAGGUGAAGAAAGCCUAUCAGAACAGAGAGACCUUCUUUCAGAGUUUAACAUGUUAAAGGAAGUGUCACAUCCCAAUGUUAUUAAACUACUUGGAGCUUGUACCCAGAAAGGAGGUCCACUUUACAUCAUCGUGGAAUAUGCUGAAUUCGGCUCUCUUCGUUCUUAUCUUAGGAAGAAUCGGUCAUCAGGAUUUGAGUGCAAUGACGUCAAUAUGUUUCAAGUGGGAAAUCCCAUGUACUUCUCAGACAGUGGUGACAUCUGUCAUCGUAGCAGUGCUAAAUUAACAAAAAGGGACUUGGUAUCAUUUGCUUGGCAAAUCGCUAAGGGAAUGGCUUAUUUGAGCGAUAUGAAGUUAAUUCAUAGAGAUUUAGCGGCCAGAAAUUUGCUUUUAGCGGAAGGAAAUGUCAUCAAAAUUUCAGACUUUGGGCUUAGUCGUGACGUUUACGAAGGUGACACCUAUUUAAAGAAAACCAAGGGAAGAGUUCCUGUGAAAUGGAUGGCUUUGGAAUCUUUAGAAGACCACAUCUACACCUCAAAGAGUGAUGUGUGGUCGUUUGGAGUAGUUCUUUGGGAAAUUGUGACCUUAGGUGCCAGUCCUUACCCUGGUGUGCAGUUAGAACGGCUCUACCACCUUCUUAAGGCUGGGUACAGGAUGGAACAACCAGACACAUGUUCAGAUAAGCUGUACGAUAUUAUGUUAAUGUGUUGGAGAGAAAAUCCAUACAAUCGACCAUCUUUCAAGGACCUUGUUCAUAGACUCGAUAUGAUGUUGCAAGAAUCUGCGGAAUAUUUGGACCUUAGUCCUAUACAAACCGAGGGCAACAGCACCCCCUUUUGGACAGAUGAUGAGCACUUGUCUCUUGUGACACCACCUGGAAUAGAGAAACGAGGCGAAAAGACGGUGCAAUACAGUAAUGUGUACCAACCGAGUACUACCGACGAAACGAUAUGUCAAACAACCAGCCAAGAAUCUGACUGCAUACGGCUAAUCUCGAAAAAUCCCGAGGAAUCUCUUCGGAGCGACGUUAUCGGUGACGCAACAUUAUAGUCACGUAAUUUCCUCUUUGCAAAAAUAGUAUACUGGUACUGAUAGUGAUUGUAAAAUAUGUAAGGAAAUAGGGAGAGUGACAUCUGAUGUCGGUUUAGUGAAAUAAACAUUUAUUAAGCAUAAUUGACAAUGGGUUUAUUUAUAAAUAGGUUAUCUUUUCGAAUCCAAGGGGGAAGUUUAGUGGCCAAUCAUUAUUAAUAGUACUUUAUUUAAAGCAUAUAGAUAUUUCUGUGUCACUUAUCAGCUAAUAUCUUGCUGGACAACUUUUCUGAAUGUUACCUUACAUCUUAUAAUCAGUUUUGUAAAUAAUUGUAGUUUUUCUCUCAAUAUACUUAUUGUAAUAUUUAGGCUUGGCUGAAAAUUUUACCCAUCUGUUAGUUUCACAAAUUUUGUGUAAAUACCUGUCUUUAGUGGAAAAAGUAUUAGUAGAGCCUAUAUCCGAGGAACGUUCAUAAGAACCUAUAGUCAUGUUGUAACUAUAAAAUAUAUGUUCUCUGAGAAAUCAUGUAAUGGGGUGAGAAACAACCUAUAUAUCGUAUAUAUGGGGCUUUUAAUUAUGUUUUUUUCGCCAUAGUAUACCUUUACUUAUUUAGGAAUUGAAGAAUAUAUAACCGUAACGCUUCAUAUAAUAUCUUACACAGCUUGUUUGCUGAAUAUUACAGACGAAUAAAUUAGUAGCAUUAUUGUUCCAUGUUCUUCAAAUCCUAUACAAGCAUAGGUUUACUGGUGAGAAAAAACAAUUAAAAACACCAUACACAUAAUGUGUAACUCACCAAUAUAUGAAGCCUAGUCUUGAUUUUGUUUUUCGAUUUGCCAUUAUCCAGAGUUACUGAUGAAGUGUAGAAUUCUCUGAAAUGGGUGUAACUCGGUGACAGUUGGUGAAACUAAUGAUAGGUUGGGUUUCAUGUUUACUUUUAAUAACUUAGAUAUAUUGUAACAAAAGAUGCCAGAAGAUUAUUAAUAAGAAAACGUUCGUUUAAAUAGUUUUUAUAUAUAUACAUACACCGCUUGCUUUAACGUUGAAAUGUUGACUUUUUAAGCUUCAAAGUAAAUCAACUUGUAUUUUUUGUAUAUAUUGUAGCCGAAGAUGUACAUAGUUAUAAGUAAGAUACAAGAAUGUCAAAGAAGGUGAGAAAAUUAGAUAAACAAGAACAAAGUAAAGCUACUUUUGUAGCUCCUUUAUAUGUCACUGAAUUUGUUAGAGACAAUUAUUUUUAGUUUUUUGUUGUUCAAACUAUUUAACCAUGAAAGACAAUGGAAAAGUAUUUUUAAAAGUUCAGUUACAACUAACAAUUUACUACUCUUUUCCUUUGCUUAUAAUUCAAUGAAGAUUGUACCAACUACUAGUUUUACGUUUUCUACACUAGUCUCUGAACUUAUCUAGCAAGUGUGAAAUAUAUUAGAUUUCCAAGAGAAAGAUAUAUUUCAAUGAGAACAAACUGUUGCAUUAAACUUUUACUAUUUUCAUGUUUAUAACUGAAACUUUAUUAAAGAGAAUACUUUUUUCAUGUUUAUAACUGAAACUUUACAAAAGAGAAUACUUUUUUUUUACUAAUGAAAACCAAGCUUGACUUCAUGUUUCUCCCUUUGUACAAGUGAAUAUUACGUGCAUUAGUUUUAAUUAUCGCUUUAAUUCAAAUAGAACUCAUCGUGGAAUAUAUAUAACUAAUAUCAAAAGCAAUCUUAUCUAUUUACAAGGAAGAGAGUACCAUUAAGAUUAAAUUAUCUAGUAAUUACUCUGUAAGCCUGUACUCAUUAAAAUAAGUAAUUAAGAGCAAUUAACAGCAAUUAUGAUAAACAACUCUAUUUAUGUAUCAAUAUUUCAUUGUUUAUUUAUUAAGCUCUUGAUUUGUUGUUAUUCAUCUACAAGUGACGGAGGCACACUGCGUGAAUAAGUGAAAAUGGAUUUUUGUAUGUGUA